GUGCGGUGCAGAUAGCAGAGACAGUAGAUCCCGCAGAUAUACAGUCGUGUUUGUAUUCGUGAGCCAGUGCAAAAGGCGAUAUGAGGGACUUCAUGGCGAAACACCUAAGGACACCCAGCGCGUGUCACUCGUACUCACACAGUAACAGCGGCUUCUACUCGUGGAUGUCCAUCGCAUCCACCAGACGCGCUGCGCCGUUUCUUGAUUUGCGAACUGCCUUCUGGAAGGAUACCACGUCGUGCAACACCCCGAGAGCCUUUUUCAGGCGGAAUACCGGUACACCCUAAGAAGACCUCUCGUCCAUAGCCGUCGUUUUUUUUAAAGCAAUUAGGUGAACGGGCCGAAGCCGGGGUAACAUGAGAAAAGUUGUGAAGGGGGUAAGCGCAGGCGAUGUGUGCCGUGGGCAAAGAUAUACUCCCUUGAUACCAGCGGGACGGAGAGUCGCAGGUUCUUGGUAACGCAUGCCCUCUAGGAGGCAAUUAUUUUUGCUCAUGUUCUUGCCAUCAAGUCCAGCAGUUGCGCGGCGCCUGUCCGACCUCUUCUCUCCUAUUAUCUUGCAGUUGGUGCCUGACAAUGUGGGUGUUAUCCCCGAUGCUUGUGCGAAGCGAUGUCAUCGAUGCAAUGGGAUUGUGAAGGGACCGCGUCGUACCUUCUCAUGGUAUCAUAUUUCUUGUUACGUGGACACUCACAACCUUACAUGUGCAAACUGGCGCCAUGCUUCAAAGUGCACUCCCUCUCCUCUCGUCGUUUGAUCACUUGUGGCAUUUACGCCCGCAACAACAGGACGUAAACACCACAAUUCGAGCUGCUCCAACAGUGCUCCACCACAAGGCUGAGCUCCACUGGAAUGUCUUCGGUUCGCAACCUCGAAUGUUCAGAGGCACCAUCACCCGGGACCGCCUCCCCGAUUCACCAUUGCCACCGUGGCUGUUCCGACCUGUUGUCGGCUCAUUUAUAGGAUCAGGUGUCGGUGAUGACACCGCCGACACAUCGUACAGGCACCGACAAACAGGAACGAGCGAGCAAGCGAGUCCACCCCCCACGAGAAGAACGGAUCGCUACUAACGACUUUAUAGCCAGCAAUUCUGUUUUGAGACUCUACCAUGGUAGUCGGACACAUUUGCAGUAGGGUUCCGAUGGUUUGCAGCCAGUGUGUCGAGUGAGCUGGUCGUGUCUUUCUGGUUCGUCGUUACGUGUUACGGCUGGACGAUGUGGCUGGAAAUGGGUAGACUGGACAGAACCACCUAGCCUGGACAGAACCACCUAGCCUGGACAGAACCACCUAGCCUGGACAGAACCACCUAGCCUGGACAGAACCACCUAGCCUGGACAGAACCACCUAGCCUGGACAGAACCACCUAGCCUGGACAGAACCACCUAGCCUGGACAGAACCACCUAGCCUGGACAGAACCACCUAGCCUGGACAGAACCACCUAGCCUGGACAGAACCACCUAGCCUGGACAGAACCACCUAGCCUGGACAGAACCACCUAGCCUGGACAGAACCACCUAGCCUGGACAGAACCACCUAGCCUGGACAGAACCACCUAGCCUGGACAGAACCACCUAGCCUGGACAGAACCACCUAGCCUGGACAGAACCACCUAGCCUGGACAGAACCACCUAGCCUGGACAGAACCACCUAGCCUGGACAGAACCACCUAGCCUGGACAGAACCACCUAGCCUGGACAGAACCACCUAGCCUGGACAGAACCACCAAGUGUUUUUAUCGCAGUGAGCGCGCACGCCGAUGCCGCUUCUUGAGUUGGAUCCCUCGCGGAAUUGGGGGCGUUGUAUCGGGCUACGCUGGAGCGUGCACAAUCACUUCACCCCACCCAGUUUCAACUGAAUGCCUAUCGGACGGACACCCGUUUUGUAGGCGUGUUCGAUGUGACGCACGCGGGAAAGUAGGACACGACCCGUCGCCCCACCUGGUUGUGCUCCGUCAUAGGGAAGACACAUGCAGGGUGUUGGACAUUGACAGGGGGUGAAACAUGGCAAUUGGCAGGAGUUACGGAAGCACCCACACAAGUCAAGAUGAUGCACACGCGAGCACAUUUGUAUUUAUAUUUCCUAACAAUGGUUCUGUUCGUGCGGUCGGUGCACAUUCACCAAUUGUGUGGGUGCACCCACUGCUGCUGUCGUUGGUGCUCGACUCGCACAAUUCGCACAAUUCGCACAGCAGUGGUGGAAGUUCGAAUCUAAGACUGGUUGAUUCUGAGCACAACAAACUCUUCACAGGUUUGGUAUCCAAUUUGGUGGAUAGUAAAACGUAUGGUGGGUUUCAAUACGCCAGUCUUGCAGAGAACCGGAAAUGCCACUGCUGUCUGUCCUUGGGACUAUAUCUAGAUGUGUGUUUUCCAAACCGGUAGUCAAACAAUCCGCACAACGAUCGUUCGUAUGCAUACAGAUCUACUCCUGUGCAGCAGCUGCUGUACAAUCAUAGUGUAACCAUCGAGCGUCACGAGGGGACACAAUCAAUAGCACGUACAUCUGGACCUGGAUGAAUUCACCCCUCUUUUGUCCGUUAUCGUCGAUGCCGCGUGACGACAGGAGCGGCACAGCUGUUCAUACCUAUGGAUCUAAAAUGUUGUGGCUAACAGGUGAUUUGCACCGCCUUUCCAACCGGAGUUCAGUGGCGGAAGCGUGUUUUUCUUUUUUUUUUCCCAGAGCUUGUUCUGCGAAGCCCCUUUUUUUCUGGCCAAUAG